GUGUGUGUACUGCCUGCCACUAAGUGGAAGCCACCCCAGAACGCGCGUGCGUUUCCACAUGAAAAGUCAGCUGACACACAAGGUUUGUUCGAGGUGGGUUUCAUCUCCCCGUGGAAAAGUCGAACUGGGGACGCGCAUCCAUUCCGACUCCCAGUUUCAAGUAGUGGGAUGCGCUGCCGGCUACCGCUUCUCUGUACGGUAGUGCCUUACCUGUUGUGACAAUAUUUCAGCAUCGGCUGUGUCAUUUCAGACGGACACUCGCUCACUCUCUUUUCACUUCCUUGUUCAAAAAGAAGUCGAGCGCAGCGAUAAUGUUGGAGGUUUCCUCAUUCAUGACUGUACCGUGACAGGCUACAAAGGGGAAAACAGUCGGCUGCCCUUGUGACUCCAGGCACUGUGCCUUUCUUACAUGUUAAUGUUUAACCGGCGUUUGAAGAGGACACCGAGUCGGCGGGCGCUGCGUUAUCGAGCACAGAGGAAAGGCAGUGGCAGGUGCGCGCAAUUUGCAGUCCUCCCAUGACUGCUGCACAUGUACUGGAGUAAACCACUUUAUUGUGGCAUUUCAAUGGCAGGAGAGGUUGUACAAAGGAGAUCAAAAUGAACUCGGAACCAAUUUUGGAGGAGAUUUUAAUAAAGCGGUCACAACAGAAGAAAAGGACAUCACCACUUAACUACAAAGAAAGAGUUUUUGUUCUGACAAAGUCAAAGUUAACAUACUAUGAAGGACGACCAGAGAAGAGAUUCAAAAAGGGAUCAGUUGACAUUCACAAGAUUAAAUGUGUUGAAAUUGUGAAGAAUGAUGGUAGUAUUAUCCCAUGCCAGAACAAGUAUCCAUUUCAGGUUGUAUAUGAUGCCAACACUCUGUACAUCUUUUCGGCAAGCAGUGAGAGCAGAAAUAUGUGGGUCAAAAGUCUUAAAGAAGAAAUAAAAAACAAUACAGUAAUAGCUGCCAAAUUCCACCCACAAUUUUGGAAUGAGGGUGUCUGGUUAUGCUGCAGGCAAGCAGAAAAACUUGCUCCCGGCUGUGAAGAGUAUAAUCUGUUUGGUGACAUUUCAAGAAAACCUCUACCUCCCACACCUACUUCCGAGAAUUCUGGAAAGUGUCGCAUGCUGCCACCUCCUCCUUCUCCAGAGAAACAUGAUGAAAAAGGAAAGGAAGAGAUUGUAAUAGCCAUGUAUGACUUUACUGGUGUGGAAAGCCAUGACUUAACUCUUAUCCAAGGGGAAGAGUAUAUUAUUAUUGAAAAAUGUGACAUAAAUUGGUAUAGAGCACAAGACAAAGAUGGAAAUGAAGGAUAUAUUCCAAGUAAUUACGUCACUGAAAAGAAGUCAAAUAAUCUUGAUCAAUAUCCCUGGUUUUGUAAGAAUGUAAACAGAAAUAAAGCAGAACAGCAACUCAAAAAUGAGGACAAGGAAGGUGGAUUUAUGGUGAGAGAAUCAAGCCAGCCAGGCACAUACACUGUAUCUCUUUUUACUAAAUCAUCCGGGGAAGGCGCUUCUCAAGUAAGACAUUACCAUAUAAAAGAAUCACAAACCUCACCUACACAGUUCUACUUGGCUGAAAGACAUCUUUUCUCUGAUAUUCCUACACUCAUUGAAUAUCAUAAACAUAAUGCAGCAGGUCUUGUGGCAAGAUUAAGAUAUCCUGUUGGUAAAAAAGGAACAUCUGCACCGACAACUGCUGGUUUUAGCUAUGACAAAUGGGAGAUAAAUCCCUCAGAGCUGACAUUUAUGAAGGAGCUGGGAAGUGGACAAUAUGGUGUUGUGCGUUUAGGAAAAUGGAGAGCACAGCAUAAAGUGGCAAUAAAAGCAAUCCGUGAAGGGGCAAUGUAUGAAGAGGACUUUAUUGAAGAAGCAAAAGUUAUGAAGCAGUUAUCUCAUCCUAAAUUAGUUCAGCUCUAUGGUGUGUGCACACAACAGAAACCUAUAUACAUUGUGACAGAAUUCAUGGAACAUGGCUGUCUUUUGAACUACAUCAGACAAAGACGGGGGCAUUUCACCUUAGGGAUGUUAAUCAGUAUGUGUCAAGAUAUUAGUGAAGGAAUGGAGUAUCUGGAAAGGAAUGGAUUUAUUCACAGAGACUUGGCUGCCAGGAACUGCUUAGUAAAUGAGUCACUUGUUGUCAAAGUAUCUGAUUUUGGAAUGACAAGAUAUGUUCUUGAUGAUCAAUACACUAGCUCUUCUGGUGCCAAGUUUCCUGUGAAGUGGUCUCCUCCAGAGGUUUUUAACUUUUGCAAAUACAGUAGCAAAUCAGAUGUUUGGGCCUUUGGUGUUUUAAUGUGGGAAGUGUUUACUGAAGGGAAAAUGCCAUUUGAAAGCAACCCAAAUCAUGAAGUAGUACAGCUUAUAAGUCAAGGUCAUCGAUUAUAUCGACCGAAACAAGCCCCUGCAAAUAUAUAUGAGAUUAUGAUGAAGUGCUGGCAGGAAAAACCUGAAGAACGGCCAGCAUUUUCUGAGAUAUGCCAUAUGAUAAGUGAAGUUGCUGAAGGCGAUUCCUAAUGAGAAGAUGAUCAAUACAUGCCUAAGACUAAAGGCUAUGUCACAUUACACAACAUUUCUAGAGAUUUUCAGCCACAGACUUCAUUUACAUAAUCUUAUAUAGUCUGAGGCAGUCGCAGUGCAUGUCUGUGACCGCCCAAGACUCCAGCUGUGUAGUUUGACAUACCCAGCACCUCAGCGAUUCACCCAGAUAAAAUCAAACUGGUUUGGUUUUGUUUUAAGUCAUAGCAAUGCACUUUAUAUAUGCGAGAGUUAACAACCAAUGUGCGCGCAGCAGAAGGUACAGUGCAUAUAAUGCAUCUGUGAGGAAUAUGGAAUGCAAGUAUUUUGGGCUUCUCAAACAGAAGAGAGACAAAUUUUUCUGUCACAUGUAUUAUUUACCACAACAUAACAGGAAAAAAAGAAAAAAACUCCAACGUUGUUGAAUUCUCUAUACCUGCAAAACAUUCGUAGAGCACCAGCGCUGUCAGGCAGCAUAUCCUUAAUUGACAGAAAAAAAGGGUCAGGGAUGCAAUACUUUGGAAAAAUGAAACUGUGUUGGAAAGUCAUCUUUCAGUAGUGUAAUUUGUCAUGCCCUGCAAAUCCUGGUUGUGUAAUCUGACAUCCUCAGCUGUUGUGAUCAGCGACUGCAUUCUUUAAGUUUAACAUCCCACCUGCCUAGAAGUCAAGUUAUAUGCCAGAUGCUUAACUUGUCAUUGAAUGUGAAAAGAGAAACAUUUGAGCGGAAUCAGUGAAUCUGUAAAACAAUAUGAAAGAAUUUUAUAACUUGGCAAACCAAUAGGUACUGAGUUUAUAUUAUAUCUCCAUACACUCUAAAUUAUAAACAGCAAGAAGAAUUAUGAAGAAUUCUGGUGUAAAAUGACAAGUUGUCUAGGUAGUUAAAGUAGAGGAUGUUGAAAAUUCAGAGAAAUCUUAAGGCAAAAUACCCAACAAACUAUUUUUCUUAAUAACAGAACCUUUUUAAAAAGUGACUCUAAUACAGUUUCAUUUUAACAAUAAUGAGCAUUUUGUGCUUGUUUGACUCACCACAUUAAUCUGUUUCUCUUUUCAAAAAUCCAUUAAGACGUACAGGGAAAAUUGAUUAGAAAGGCAGUAACUUAAAUGAGUACCCAUCUGACAGACACAGUUGUAGUUCAGUUGGUGUGCAGCUGAAAAGCCUACCCUGACAUUUCCAAAGCACAUUCUCAUUCUUCAAAAUGUACAAACUUAAAACUAGGAGUAUUCCUCUAUUACAGUAAAUAUGUUUAAACCUGUUAUACAGUCAUUUUCUGACCUAUGUAUUGAAAAUGAAUAAACGGCCAACAAUUUUUGACAACCUUCAAGAAAACAGAGACAGUUGGAAAAUGAAAAGUAAAAUACUUACCAAUACAUUUGAAAGCUGAAUAACAGUGCAUAUUAAAAAAAUCAGUGUCUUCUCAACCCAAAGUUAAUAACUAGAUAUUAGAAUAAUAUGAAGGACAUGUGCAAAGAAAUAAACAUGACGUUCACCACCUAAUGAGCACAUUUUUGACCAAGAGAGUGUAUGCAUUUAUCCCUUCCUUCUAAUUGAAAGGUAUAAUUAUAUAAUUGAUUUCUUGAUUUUUGCAUCUAAACAGCAUUCUGUAUAUUUUAAAUGACUUGGGGAACAUGUUCAUGUUACAAUUUUACUCUAGGUCAGCUUUCCCAGCUCUUAACUGGAAAUGAUCACUGAUUUAAGUAAAUGGAGCAAUAGUCUGGACUAUUAUUUACAGUAGGCUGCAGAUAGCAGCUACUAAGACACUUUUUUCGAUAACCAGACUAUUAAUUUAGUCGGAUCACUGGAGAAAUAUUUAGUGCACUACUGUUUAAAGGGACAGAAGCAACUUGUCUUAAAGAUCAAUUCUCCUGAAGUCAAGCAUUCAUUUCACUGCACUAACAGCAACUUCAGGGACAGGAAAUGGUGUGCUCUCCACUGACUCACCCACUGCAUUGUGGUCUCCCAUCUAAACAUGAGACAGUCUCAGCUCCCUAGUUAGAGGGUACAGCAAGUGUACUUUCAUAAAAUAGUAAAACUGGAAGAACAGUUCCUGCUGAGUUUUCAAAAUGUGUAUAAUUUACAGUUAUCUUGAAAUAACACCUACUUAAGUUUACUUUACACUGUAGAUAAUAUUAAGUGUUUUUAUUUAGGAUAUUGUUAAAUACAUCACAAAUAAACAGAUUAACAACCACAGUAUUUACAAACAAUGUCAUUUGUUCCUUAAUGAAAACAGUUCAAGUAGUGUUUUUCUAUGGGCAGAAGUGCAACUGCCUGUACUUUUCUGGCUGCUUUAAGUUUCUACUUUAAGUUUUUUUUGGUUUGGUAUUUGAUAUAUGACUGCAGACCAUAGUGACUGGAUUUGGAGCAGUAAGAAAUUGGAUUUUUUGUUACUGAGUGGAUUUUGGUUGUUCUCCAGUUUGGGUGUUUUCCCUGGUUUGUCCAGUGUGCCUCUAAUGCCCCAAAGACAUGCAUUUUGCAAUGUGGCUUCUCCAUUUUUUUGUUUGAAUUUCAGUUCUCAAAUAAUGCACAUUUGUUAAACAUUGUAGCUGAACACAAUGUCAGCAUGCUAAGCAAUGCUGUACUUUGUGAUAUGUUACAGAAGCACCUCUUCUUCGCUCUAUUGCUCUGCUGUUUAUACGAAAAACACCAUCCACGUCAGAGGCUGACAUUGUCCUGUCCUCAGGAAACAUACUAUCUGCUAUCAAUGGAAAGCAUUUUAAACUCUCUUCUUACUUUGUGUGACUUGCUUUCAUAAGGUUUUCAUGUUAAGAAAGGUUUUUGGGGACCUGAAUUCAUAUCUGACAAUUUUGAAUUUCAGUUUUUAGUUUUGUAAAAAUAUUUUGUGUCUUUCUCCGAUACUAUUGUGUUUUCUAUAGGUGCUGCAAUUUUGUGAUGUGGUUGACACAAUAUUGCCAUGGAACUAUGGGUAGAAGUGUGUGGUAUGUGACGUCAAUGUCACAGCCGUAUGAUGGUCGACACCACGAAAGUCCUGGUCAUCCAAGAUUAUGAUUAAUUCAUAGAUUUUGCACUUUUGUUUCUACUCAAAUUCCUGGGUAAAGACUCUUUUGCUUCAUUUUCCCAGCUUGGAUUCUGGUUUAGUGUUUUUCCUACAUUAUUUCGAUUUUCUAGUUAAGACCUUUGGCUCUUUAUUUUGACUGCAUUUGUGCAGAAUGCUGUCAAGAAUCUGUGAUAAAAAUGUACUAAUUACAGCUUCUUUUUGUUGUCCUAAAUUCACCUCAUAAACACAAGAAACAUUUUUUCUGAGGUCACAAACUUCUCCUUUUCAAACUGGAUGAAUUCAGAAAGUUUUAAUGCUUUUUUCCUGAUGAGCCCCCCUUAGAUUGACCUUUUAAGCCUCACAAGAAGAACUGUAUUGUUUUUUAUUUCAUGAAUAAUACUUCAUUUAACAAUACAAGCCACCAUGAUUGUUGCAAAUAACUUCAACCUCAAAAAUGCCACUCUAAACCUUUAAAGCCAAGGAAAAUAAGUUACAAUGUCAUGGCAAUCCCAUCAUAAACAGAGACCUACAUCUCCAUACAUUUUAUUGUGCAAGCUAUGAUUCUGUACAAACAGUAGUUUUGCUGUAUGUAAAAAAUAGUAAUGCGGACAACUGAAAGCAAGCUGAGGGCUGCCUGUUUAUAAUAAUGUAGGUUUUACCACACCAGCUAAGCAGGCUGUCAAAGUAAAUCGUAAGCACCAAAAUAAAUUGCCAUUUCUGUCCUAUGGCCAUCAGUUUCAAAAAUGCUGUUGUGUUUUUAUGUAUCAUAAUUGUGAAAAAGUGUGAGUUUUUCUUUUAUACAUUUUUCUCCAUUCAGGGAACGCAGUUAACUCAGGAUUAUUUCCACGGUGUAAUGCUGGGACACCAGUAAGGUGUAUACAGUAUGAUAGUAAAAUGUCCCAUGAGCCUAACAUGAUCUGAUCUUUGAGCAGAAACAAACCCUUAUGACUCAGCAAAAAGUUCAGAUAAAGGCAGGAAGUGACCACUAAACAGGCAUCUUGUGAACAAUUCCUACAUUCUACUAAGUAAGAAGUACUGUUGUUAUUAUCAGCUGUAUCAUAUUUUCAUCAUGUUUCAAAUUGUGUUAUGUUAAUUAAGUAGAUUUUUAAAUAUUUAUUUAAAUGGUUCAUUGAACCUUAAACAUAUAUCUAUGUCAACCUAUUCACUGUGUCACAUUGUAUUUUAACAUUAGUAAAACUACUUAUUUAAACACUAGGCAUUUGCACAUAAUACUGUAGCAUUUACUGCAUAUGUGGUACGAUCAAAAGGUUUGGUGAAUGUUGCAGCAAAAUACAAAAUACAAUAUAUUAAAAAGUAUGCCAUUACAAUUUUGCUGUCCUUUAAAGUACAUCCUUUUUGCUCAUUGUAUUGCAGCAUGAUUUAUUUUUUUAAUAAAGAAGCAAAUCCUUGACUCUUCUAUACUUUCAUCCA